AUGUCUACUAAACUACUAUCUGUAAAAAACACAGUCUUUAAAUGCUUGAAAACUCUUUCGGCACGAGGGUUUAGCAUUGGAGCUGCUUCCCUUGGUUCACUUAAUUUAAAGGGUCGCAGCUUUCUAAGUCUUAAAGACUUCAGCUCAGAUGAAAUCAAAAGGCUGUUGUGGGUGUCAGGGGAUUUAAAACAUCGGAUCAAGCAUGAAAAACAGUAUCUUCCUCUUCUGCAAGGAAAGUCGAUUGCUAUGAUAUUUGAGAAGAGGAGCACCAGAACAAGAAUGUCCACAGAAACAGGUUGUGCUUUGCUGGGUGGGCACCCCUGUUUCCUCACUUCCCAGGACAUCCACCUUGGAGUGAAUGAGAGUAGCACAGACACAGCUAGGGUUCUCUCAGGGCUCUGCGAUAUCGUCUUGGCACGAGUCUAUAGUCACUCCACGCUGGAGGAGCUGGAUAAGGAGGCCUCCAUCCCCAUUAUUAAUGGUCUGUCUGACCUCUACCACCCAAUCCAGAUUCUGGCUGACUUCCUCACUUUACAGGAGCAUUAUGGUUCCCUUAGUGGACUAACAGUGAGCUGGAUUGGAGAUGGGAACAAUGUCCUCCACUCCUUCAUGAUGACUGCAGCUAAAUUGGGAGUUCAUCUUAAGAUUGCUACACCAAAGGGGUAUGAGCCAGAAAUGAGUGUUAUUCAAGAGGCACAAAGACUCUCCAAAGAACAUGGGACCCAGUUUCUUCUGACCUCUGACCCGAUGGAGGCUGCCCACGGCAGCAAUGUUUUGGUCACUGACACCUGGGUGAGCAUGGGACAGGAGGAGGAAAAGAAAAAGAAGCUCAAAGACUUUAAAGGUUACCAGAUUACAAUGCAGACAGGAAGUGUGGCCAAACCAGACUGGACCUUCCUGCAUUGUCUCCCCCGCAAAAUGGAGGAGGUGGAUGACCAGGUAUUCUACUCAUCCCGCUCCCUCGUCUUCUCCGAGGCAGAGAAUAGAAAGUGGACAAUCAUGGGUCUGAUGGUGUCUCUUCUGACUGACUACACUCCACAGAUCCCCAUGCUCAAGAUUUAA